CCUCAUGCGGGGAGGAGGAGGAGUCCGGCGGCCCGUAGCAUACCUUGGUGGAUCAAGUGGGGACUGAGUUUGUGUGGAGAUAUACGCAGAAAGACUGGGAAAACUUUGGUUAUACUUUCAUAUCCAUGACAAUUAUCAGGGGCCCUACUGAGAGGCUUCUGGGAAUCUUGCCAUGUUCAAGGCAGUGCUGAAGAAGAACAGAGAUGGAGGCAAGGGGAGCAAGAAGGACGCAGGUGAUGUUCCCAGCCACAGUGCGCAAAGAAGAUUCCCUUUGGAGGGGAACCCUCUGCUCCAGGGGCCGGGCGGCGGACACCCCAACGUCUCCGAUGAUGUUUUCAGAUUAAGCCUUGCCAAGGGUGUGUCCAUGUCUCUUCCAUCCUCCCCUCUCCUGCCACGUCAGUCCUACAUGAUGCCCUUACGCCCGAGCAAGAGAUCACCAGGUCCAAUCAGGAAGCCCAAAUAUGUGGAGAGUCCUCGUGUUCCUUCUGAUGCCAUCGUUUCAGCGCUGAGGAAGGUGGCCGAUAACAAGGAGUCCUCGCACCAUGAGCUGCAAGCAGAGAAACAAGCAAGCUCCUCCUCCCCUGCCACUCAGGAACUGAUGACAAGGCUGGGCUUUUUACUAGGAGAAGGGAUCCCGGGUACGGCACGCAUACCUAUGGACGACAAGAAUGAAAAGAAGUGCUCUGUAACUAGCCAGGGUAUCAGCCCCUGCUCCACACUGACCAGCAGCACGGCGUCUCCCUGCACUGACAGCCCAUGCUCCACACUCAACAGCACCACCAGCCGCCCCCCCCUCAGCUGCUCCAGCCCCUGUGGGACCAUCACUAGCCCCAGCUCUACACUUGAGAGCAAAGAUAGUGGCAUCAUAGCCACCAUCACCAGUUCUUCUGAGAAUGAUGACCGCAGUGGCUCCAGCCUGGAGUGGAGUAAGGAUGGCAGCCUGAGAGGCAGCGGGCGCCAUGGCCUGGCACAGAGUGUGCGGGCUGACACCUGCUCUCCUGUGGCCGAAGAAGACUCCAACAGUGCCACAUCAACGCCUGCAGACACCCCAUCCAGGACCGACCAGAAGCAGUCCAACACUGUGGCAGGAGCACAGAAGCCUCCAAGUCGAUCACCUGAGGGACCAUUUUCAUACUCAUCGCAGACAACUUCUUCCCUCAUGAUGCCGAGGCCAAACUCUGUUGCAGCGACCAGUUCCACAAAGCUGGAAGACUUGAGCUUUCUUGAUGAACAGCGCAACACCCCCCUGCGGACAUCCAUCCGCCUACCGUGGCAUAAUACAGGAGGAAGGCCACCUAUGGACUCCAAAGCUCGAUUUGCUCCCUACAAACCCGUUGACAUCAUGCUCAAGCCCUUGCUGUUCGAGGUGCCCAGCAUCACCACAGACUCUGUGUUUGUGGGCAGAGAUUGGCUCUUUCAGCAGCUGGAAGAUGUCCUCAAGGCCAGCGAGUCCACAGAGAACCACGGCGCUGUGUUGGUGGGCAGUGUGGGUUAUGGAAAAACGGCCAUUAUCUCCCGGCUAGUAGCACUCAGCUGUCACGGAGGUCGAAUGCGUCAGAUUGCCUCAAACAGUCCUAGUGCCUCCCCAAAAAGUGGUGGGGGACCAAACGCAGAACUUCCUCUCAGCCAGCCCCCACAGCCCACUCCACCGUCCAGUGCCACCAACACACUGAGGACCAACAGCUGCCCGGGGACCCCCGAGAUGCAGCGACGCAGGGAGGAGGCUGUCAAACGGCUGGCUGCAAAGGUGGUUGCAUAUCACUACUGCCAGGCGGAUAACACCUACACUUGUCUGGUACCGGAGUUUGUUCAUAGUAUCGCUGCCCUGCUAUGCAGAGCACACCAGCUCAGUGCGUACCGGGAGCUGCUGCUGAAAGAGCCCCACCUCCAGAGCAUGCUCAGUCUGCGCUCCUGUGUCCAGGACCCCAUGGCCGCUUUCCGGAGGGGGGUCCUCGAGCCACUAGCCAACCUUCGUAAAGAGCGAAGGAUUCCCGAGGAGGACCACAUCAUCUUGGUAGACGGGCUGAACGAGGCCGAGUUCCAUAAGCCUGACUACGGAGACACCAUCGCCUCCUUCAUCACGAAGAUCAUCACCAAGUUCCCCUCUUGGCUUAAACUGGUGGUCACUGUCCGGGUCAAUUUACUGGAGAUCACAAGCCUUCUCCCCUUCUCCAAGAUCUCCCUGGAUGACUUUACAGACAACGCAGAGAUUAGCAACGACCUCAAUGCGUAUAUCCAGUACCGUAUCAAUGGCAGCAAGGAUAUCAUGAACAAUAUAAGCCUGAACGGCAAAGCAGAUCCUAUCACAGUCGGCAAGCUCAGCAGCCACCUGAUCUCCCGGAGCCAGGGUUCCUACCUGUAUCUCAAACUCACCCUGGAUCUGUUCGAGAGAGGCCACCUGGUGAUCAAGAGUGCCAGCUACAAAGUGGUGCCCGUCUCGCUCGCUGAGCUCUACCAGUUACAGUGCAACAUGAAGUUCAUGACCAAUUCAGCCUUCGAGCGCUCACUGCCCAUCCUCAACGUGGCGCUUGCCUCGCUGCACCCCAUGACUGAUGAGCAGCUGUUCCAGGCCAUCAACGCCGGCUUCGUCCAAGGGGAGCUGCAAUGGGAGGACUUCCAACAACGCAUGGAGUUGCUCUCAUGCUUCCUCAUCAAACGUCGGGACAAGACGCGCAUGUUUUGCCACCCCUCCUUCAGAGAGUGGCUGGUGUGGAGAGCCGAUGGAGAGAGUACGGACUUCCUCUGUGACCCAAGGACUGGCCAUGCUCUCAUGGCUUUCAUGCUCUCCCGCCAAGAGGGGAAGCUGAAUCGCCAGCAGACAAUGGAGCUGGGACACCACAUCCUCAAAGCACACAUCUUCAAGGGCCUGAGUAAGAGAACAGGUGUGUCAUCCAGUGUGCUGCAGGCUUUGUGGAUCAGCUGCAGUGCCGAUGGUCUCUCUGCAGCCCUGGCUUCACUGAGGAAUCUCUACACACCCAACGUCAAGGUGAGCCGUCUGCUGAUGCUCGGUGGGGCAAACGUGAACUACCGCACUGAAGUCUUGAACAAUGCGCCAGUGCUUUGCGUUCAGUGCCACCUCGGUCACCAGGAAAUCGCCUCCCUGCUGCUCGAGUUUGGGGCCAGCGGAGACGUGGUGUCUGAAAACGGCAUGAACCCACUCUGCUUCUCAGCCGCCGCAGGACACUUGGGACUAGUCAUGCUGCUCUGCAAGAGGGGGGGCAAGGUGGAUCAUGUAGAUAAGAGUGGCCAGUGCGCCCUGGUCCAUGCAGCUCUCCGCGGCCACCCAGAGAUUAUCCAGUACCUGCUGGAGCUGGAAUGGAGCGAGGAGGGGCAGCAGCAGGACUGCGCUCUGAAGAACAAAGCUCUCCAGCAGGCGUUGAUAGCAGCAUCCAGCAUGGGACACACACAGGUUGUGAGAGGCUUGCUGGUGUUGAAUAAUGAGCAUGCUGUGCAAAUUGAUAGCCACGACACUCUGUGGGGAGAGACAGCUUUGACGGCAGCAGCAGGCCGGGGGAAGAUGGAGGUGUCCAGCUUCCUGUUGGAGCAGGGGGCCGUGGUGCAACAAGUCAACCGGCGGGGGGUGUCUCCUCUUUUCUGUGCCGUCAGGCAGGGGCACUGGCAGAUUGCAGAGCUGCUGUUGCAGCAUGGCGCUGAUAUUAACAUCAGCGACAAGCAGGGCAGGACCCUACUCAUGGUGGCAGCCUGCGAGGGUCACCUGAGCACUGUAGAGUUUCUGCUUUCUAAAGGUGCAUCUCUGACUUCGAUGGACAAGGAGGGACUGACCCCCCUGAGCUGGGCGUGUUUAAAAGGACAUAAGAACGUAGUGCAGUUUUUGGUGGAGAAAGGUGCGGUCAUCGACCACACGGACAAAAACGGACGGACUCCUCUGGACCUCGCUGCCUUCUAUGGAGACGCAGAGAUUGUCCAGUAUCUGGUAGAGAGAGGAGCAGUGAUAGAGCAUGUGGACUACAGCGGGAUGAGGCCUCUGGACCGCGCCAUUGGCUGUCGGAACACGUCGGUGGUGGUGACUCUGCUGAAGAAAGGGGCCAAGCUGGGGAACGCCGCCUGGGCCAUGGCUACUUCAAAGCCCGACAUCCUGAUCAUCCUGCUUCAGAAGCUGAUGGAGGAGGGAAACAUGCUUUACAAGAAAGGGAAGAUGAAGGAGGCGGCGCAGCGGUACCAGUACGCCCUGAGGAAGUUUCCUAGAGAAGGCUUUGGUGAUGACCUGAAGGCAUUUAAAGACCUGAGGGUCUCUCUGUACCUCAAUCUCUCCCGGUGUCGCAGAAAAACCAAUGACUUUGGGAUGGCUGAGGAGUUUGCAACAAAAGCACUGGAGCUGAAACCCAAAUCCUAUGAGGCCUACUAUGCCCGUGCCAGAGCUAAGAGGAGCAGCAGGCAGUUUACGGCAGCCCUGGCUGACCUACACGAAGCAGCCAAGCUCUGCCCCAAUAAUCGGGAGAUCCGUCGCCUCCUGGCCCGAGUGGAGGACGAGUGUAAACAGAUGCAGCGCGCACAGACUAAAGGAGGCCUCGCUGCAGCAGCUGCCUCCAGCCAGGCGUCAGGGGGCCACGAGUCGGACCAGGAGCAAAACGAAGGACAGGAGGACCCUUCAGAGCACAGCCUCGCCAGGAGCGUGGAGGGACAAAGAAGCAUCCUGGAAGAAGAGGAAGAAGAGGAAGAGGAGGAGGAAGCGGAAGCCUUGGUGCAGGACAGGACAGCUGAAGCCGGCUGGUCCCAGAACAGUUAUUCCUACAACAGAGUCCUCCCCUCCGAGCCUGUCAGCAACAGUUUGGGACACCAGAAUCUGAGCCCCAGCUCCCCCCCAGGCCCCGGUAGGCUCCCCGCUCACCGGUACCCUCGAGAGCACCGGGAGGCGCUUGCCCAACAGGCCCUCGUCCUACAGCCCACCAAGCAGGCCCAGAUAGUCAAGACCAACCAGCAUAUGAGCUCUAUGCAGGUAGCGGGAGGGGCCGUGGGAGGUCGUGUCCCAGGGGCCAAAUCUCAGUACGGUCCCUCCAGUCCCUUACCGAGCAGACACAUGUCCAGCAUGCUGAAGCCUGGCCCGGGCAUCGACAUCAGCCCUCUGCCCCCCCCAGCUGAAGAACCCGUAUACGGGAACCGCAAGUCGCUGGCAGCCGCCUCCUCCUCCAUGGGUCAAAGUUGUGAGAUCGAGAGCCUCCAUUCCUCCCAGGCGUCCUACUCUUCCUGCAGCAGCAGCUCCAAGGGUCCAGACCGACUGUCCGCUCACUCUGCAUCCUCCCUGGAUGGCUUGGCCUGCUCUGGUCCCGCCCCCCAGGGAAACUACACUGAUGUAGGAAAGGAAGGGAUGUGUGGUGGAGGGGGCAGCAGCAUGCGCGUGUCCAGUUCCACCAGCAGCCUGGCGUCCAGCAGCAGCCUGUCGGACAGCGGCAAGCUGGGACCUGAUGUCCGCACCAAGAUCUCUGACAAAACCAAGCACAGCCAACAGGCCAGUUCUGCGGCGGAGUACAAACCCAGACCCUUCAUGGGCAUCACUGACAAGAAGGCCCGUUUCCUGCAGCAGCAGCAGCAGCUUCAGCAGCAGCUUCAGCAGCAGCACAGCUUGCAGAGUCACCCGAGCCUGCAGUCUGUGGGCCGCAGCUGGCUCAACCACUCGUCUGACGGUAUGGUUUGUCACAACAUGUCGGUGAUGGGCCUGCUGCCCGUCGACUGUGAGCCGUCUUACGCCAAAACAGUGAGCACUUACCAGGAGCAGCACAAACCUCCGCCACCUCAGGGUGCUAUGGCAAUGAGCAGCUUACAAAACGGCAUGCUCGCCAAGGAAUUCACAGAUAAGUUCUGCCAAGCCGCCAACUGUUACAAAGAGUCCAAGCCAGCGCUGGCGAUGCCGCACACGUUCAUGGACAGUAAGCCCAAGCAGCCUGGGCUCGCCCGAGAUAAUCCUGCCAUUCACGUAGCUUCAAUGAAACCAAAGCGAUCGUUUAUAGAGUCGAACGUGUAGAGAUGUUUGUUCUAGCCCUCAACGCACACUAGUAAAAAUCUAAAGUAAGGAGGUGUUUUUUUUUUUUUUAAAGCAACCCUCCGGCAGAAUAGUCCCACUUUUAAGCCUUGUAAGAAGUACAGUUGGCAAGCUGUUUGUUUUCCUGUGUGAAUACAGACUGCAGGCAGUGUACUAAAUGCUCCAGAUCUCUCUCUCUCUCUCUCUCUCUCUCUCUCCCCCCCCCCCCCCUUUCCAACCUGCCGCUUGUGGCUGUCAGCUUCUGUUACAUGACAACACGUCUGCCGUCAUUCAGCCAAGCUGGAGACAUUGCACUGAAGGAAGUAUGUGGACAUGUAGUGGACAAUCCUCAUCAACGCAACAGUGACAGUGAGCACUUUAUACACACUUAGGCCACUCAACGCCAUUCAGUUACAGCUUUGAACAGAUUUGAGUGAGUUUAAUGAGGUUUGAUCUGUGUUCAUUACGUCCAUGGUGCUGAGGGAGAAAAAAUAAGGAAGUCCUCAGUGACGGUGCCAGGAAAAGGACGGACAUUCCUGUGUUUUACAAAGGAUGUUUUAGAUCCUCUUGUGUAUAUUAUAUAAAUAUGUAUUUCUUUAUUUUCAGUGAAGAUCUAUGUUAAGUGUAUUGACAAGUUCAGAAUUGUGUAUUGAGUUUUAUGCACAAUGUUGUUUAAAUGGUGUUCUGAAAAAAGCAUUUGUUAAAUGUGUUUGUACAUUAUAUAAAUCACCAUUAACAUGGAAUUGAAAUCCUUUCUGUAUCUGCUUGUUGUUGCUGUCUAGUUUAAUUUAUUUACAGCGCCAAUGGCUUGGUUAAUUGUAAAAGCAAUAUAUUUUAUAUAGUUAUUUUUGCACAGCUAAUAAGACAUUUAAUGAUUCUCAAUAACGUUGAGUUUACGUGUAUGCUACAAUUGCAGUUUAUAUUACAGAGUAAAAAAAAAACCUAGUGGUUUUGGGGCACAGUGCCAUCAGCUCUAUUUUAAUAUGUACGUUCAAUGCAGUUGCUGCCAUGUCUUCAGUAUUGUGAGCUUUAUUAGCUGUGAUCACAUACUGUUCUAGAACAUUACUGCCAUAGCCACCAUGGGAGAGAGAAAUAAAGAUUCACUGAGGAACAAA